UGGAAUGUGAUAUCCUGUUCCUUUGCUGUCAAACUGGUGAGUAUUUCUUACCCAUGGGGGCGUUUCGUCAUUCUUCUUCCUUACAGCGCGUGGCGAAACAGUUAGGCGAUCGAGCAACGCUCCGUGUUCUGGGCCCCGACCGCAAAGGCAUCGUUGCGGCAUGCUCAGACUUGCUGAACCGACACGGAUGCUCCAUUGUAUCGUCCGAACACUACACAGACUAUUCCGCCACCCCGCACAGCAUGCUCUUCCAAAGGAUACUGUUUGAUCCGGAAGGCCUACGGGAUCGUUCGGAGGUUAAGACGAAAGUACAAGAGCUCGAGCGCAAGUUUGGAGUGAAAACCAAAAUCGACUGGCGAGACAAGAGUCCGAAAGUGGCAGUUUUGGUUUCAAAGCACGACCAUUGCCUCUGGGAGUUACUGUUACGACAGCAGGCGAAGGAAUUGGAUUGCGAAAUACCACUGAUAAUUUCUAAUCACGAAAAUCUGCGGCACGUUGCCGACACCUUUCAGAUACCCUACUACGUUUUCCCCGUCACUCCCGAAACCAAACUGGAACAAGAGCAAGCUCAAUUGGCCUUGAUUGAAGCGCACGAUAUUGACGUGAUUGUACUUGCACGAUAUAUGCAAGUUUUAUCAAAACAUUUUUUAUCACGCUACGCCGAUUCCCAAAUCAUUAACAUUCAUCACUCCUUUUUGCCGGCUUUUCUGGGUGGUCGUGCUUACCAUCAAGCACACGACCGGGGUGUCAAAUUGAUCGGCGCCACGGCGCAUUACGCCACUCUGGAUUUGGAUCAAGGUCCCAUUAUUGCACAAGAUGUAGUAGCUGUGUCCCAUCGAGAUGGUCCGCAUGACUUUGUCCGCAAAGGACGAGGCUUGGAACGCAACGUUCUUGUCAGGGCGCUGCAGGCGCAUUUGGAUCAAUGUGUUCUCGUGUACAACACCAAGUGUGUGGUCUUUAGUGAUUAG